AAACACGCUUUAACAGCGAAGCCCUGUCCUCGGAAGAAGAGGAUGCAGACACUCGCGACGGCGCACUGAAAGCUGUGGACCAGAGCCCGUCUGCGAAGAGGAGCGUCGCGCAGAUAAUGAAGGACAAGAAGAAGCAGACGCAACUCACCCUGCAAUGGCUGGAAGAAAACUACAUUGUCUGUGAAGGAGUUUGUUUGCCAAGAUGCAUCCUAUAUGCACACUAUUUAGACUUCUGCAGAAAAGAGAAGUUGGAACCUGCCUGCGCUGCAACUUUUGGGAAGACUAUUCGCCAGAAAUUCCCUCUCCUUACCACAAGGCGGCUUGGAACAAGGGGCCAUUCAAAGUAUCACUAUUAUGGAAUUGGCAUUAAAGAAAGCAGUGCGUACUACCACUCUGUGUAUUCUGGAAAAGGCUUAACCAGGUUCUCUGGAAGCAAGUUGAAGAACGAGGGUGGUUUCACUCGUAAAUAUUCUCUGAGUUCCAAAACUGGGACUCUCCUCCCAGAGUUUCCAAGUGCCCAACACCUUUUGCUUCAAGGGUGCAUUUCUAAAGACAAGGUAGAUACUCUUAUCAUGAUGUACAAGACACACUGUCAGUGUGUCCUUGACAAUGCAAUUAAUGGGAACUUCGAAGAGAUUCAGCAUUUCUUAUUACAUUUUUGGCAAGGAAUGCCCGACCAUCUUCUUCCCCUGCUUGAAAAUCCCAUCAUCGUUGACAUCUUCUGCGUUUGUGACUCAAUACUGUAUAAGGUCCUUACAGAUGUACUUAUCCCUGCAACAAUGCAAGAAAUGCCAGAAAGUUUACUGGCAGAUAUAAGAAAUUUUGCAAAAAAUUGGGAACAGUGGGUCAUUUCCUCUUUGGAAAAUCUACCAGAAAAUCUGACAGAUAAAAAACUGCCUAUUGCACGAAGAUUUGUUUCAUCCCUGAAACGACAGACGUCAUUCCUACACCUAGCACAGAUUGCUCGGCCAGCCCUUUUUGAUCAGCAUGUGGUGAAUUCUAUGGUGUCGGACAUUGAAAAAGUUGAUUUGAAUAGUAUUGCCUCUCAGGCACUCCUUGCAGUCUCAGGGAGCACAGACUCUGAUGGAGAGGUCUACAGUGAAUAUGACUCUAUUACAGUGUUCCAAGAACUGAAGGACCUUCUAAAGAAGAAUGCCACUGUGGAAUCAUUUAUUGAAUGGUUGGAUACUGUGGUUGAGCAAAGGGUUAUCAAGGCAAGCAAGCAAAAUGGGAGGUCAUUAAAGAAGAGAGCUCAAGACUUCCUUCUCAAAUGGAGUUUUUUCGGUGCUCGAGUGAUGCAUAAUCUAACUCUAAACAACGCAUCAAGUUUUGGUUCUUUUCAUUUGAUCCGCAUGCUACUAGAUGAGUACAUCCUGCUUGCCAUGGAGACACAGUUCAACAAUGACAAAGAACAAGAACUCCAAAAUCUACUGGACAAGUACAUGAAGAAUUUAGAUGCAAGCAAAGCCACCUUUACCGCAUCACCCAGCUCUUGCUUCCUAGCAAAUCGUAACAAAGCUGCUCCUCUGCCCAGUGACACUUCAGUCAAAAAUGAGUGUCUAGCAGAGCAAACCUACGUGUCCUUGUCAGCUAGUCAGCCCAGCAGUGUAGCUUCUGGUCUGAACCCUUUUGCUGCAGGAGACAGUGAGAAUAUGCAUCUGACAGGUCAGAUGGAACUGUCUCAAAGCACUGGUCACCUGAUGACUCCACCCAUUUCACCAGCCAUGGUCAGCCGAGGAAGUGUUAUCAACCAGGGGCCAAUGGCUGUGAGACCUCCAAGUGUAGGUCCAGUGUUAUCCACACAUUCACAGUGCUCUUCCUAUUCAGAACCCCUUUACCAGACAUUGUCACAAACUAAUCAGAAUUACUAUGGAAACAAUUCCAAUUACCAGACGAUGUUCAGAACUCAGGCCCAUUCCACUCCAGGAGUUUACCACCACAGAGCAGAGCACAGCCGCUUCAGUGCCUUGAGUGAACAGCAGUUCUCCAGAGACUACUUCAGCAACAGUUGUGCUGUGUCUCCAUACAAUGCCAGAUCCCCUUCCAGCUAUGGUCCCUCAUCCAUGUCUCAGGAUACACACAAUAUGCAGUUUCUGAAUACUGGCAGUUUUAAUUUCUUGAGCAACUCAGUGUCUACAUGCCCAGGAGCAGCAUAUCCUGCUAAUGCUUCCAACGGGUAUUAUGGAAACAAUAUAAAUUAUCCCGAAUCUCACAGACUUGGAACAAUGGUGGAUCAACAUGUUUCUGUAAUCAGCAGCGUAAGCAGCAUUCGAUCAUUGCCAUCAUACAAUGAUAUACAUGAUCCGCUGAAUAUCUUGGAUGACAGUGGAAGAAAACAAGCAGGCUCAUACUACACAGAGUCCUCACCUUCAGUCGCCUGUCGGACUCCUAUGUUGGCUUCAAACAUGCAAACCACAUCUUCUUCCCAGUGCAUGUAUGGAACACCUGGUCAGUUCCCUUCUCAGGAAAAUCUGGAGCCCCACGGCCCACCAAGCAGAGAUAUAGUGUCAUCUUUACCACCAAUCAACACUGUAUUCAUGGGAGCAGCUGCUGGAGGAACUUAA